AAAAAAAUAUAUAAUAUACAUUGCCAUGCAAACUUCCACCGAAAAUUGGUUCGAACGAGAUCUAGUAAGUAGUUUUUUUUUUAAUACGUCAUAAAAAUUAAAAAAAAAAAAAUUUUUCAUCAAACCCAUACGUGUGGGGUAUCUAUGGAUAGGUCUUCAAAAAUGAUAUUUAGGUUUCUAAUAUCAUUUUUUUCUAAACUGAAUAGUUUGCGCGAGAGACACUUCCAAAGUGAAAAAAUGUGUGUCCCCCCCCCCCUGUAACUUCUAAAAUAACAGAAUGAAAAAUCUAAAAAAAAUAUAUGAUAUACAUUACCAUGCAAACUUCCACCGAAAAUUGGUUUGAACGAGAUCUAGUGAAUAGUUUUUUUUAAUACGUCAAUAAAUUAAAAAAAAAUUUUUUUCAUCAAACCCAUACGUGUGGGGUAUCUAUGGAUAGGUCUUCAAAAAUGAUAUUUAGGUUCCUAACAUCAUUUUUUUCUAAACUGAAUAGUUUGCGCGAGAGACAGUUCCAAAGUGGUAAAAUGUGUGUCCAAAGUGGUAAAAUGUUGAACAAGAUCUAGCAAGUAGAUUUUUUUUUAAUACGUCUUAAAUGGUACGGAACCCUUCAUGCGCGAGUCCGACUCGCACUUGGCCGCUUUUUUUAUAAUAAGUACAUCAUAAUCGCAAGUAUCGCAAUAAUGCAAUUUUUGUUACGUGUUAACGGAUUAACGAUUAACUUGCAUUAAUUCUUCCGGAAUGUAACGUUUUAACGUUUAAUGAAGUUAAUUUUUUUAUUAAUCGAUUAGCGAUUAACGGUGCGAAGCUAUGCGCGAAAGGUAAGUAGGUAUCAGAAAUGAUGGUGGAGGGAUGUAAGAAGAAAGGAAAACCAAGGAUGUGGAUGGAAUCUGUGAGAGAUGAUAUGAAAAGAAAGCAGGUGAAUGAUGAGAUGACGAACGACACAGAUAUAUUAUAUUAUAUUACUUUUUGGCUGUUUGGUAUAGAGGUAAAAAACAUUCUACGCCCACCUCAAAAGAUGGGAAAAGGACAAGCGAAUGAUAAUAUUGAUAAUGUGUUGAUAACUUGGAACGGAACGUUACGUCAGUCAGCUGUCAAAAAGCUGGAGUAUAGGAGGAUGGGCAGAAUGAUUAAUUAAUAAGAAUUAAAAGGAAUUAUAUCAAAAUAAAACCAAAAAAAGAAAUGUAUAGUGUUUUGAAAAUACUCGCAAAACACUUUUGUAUAAAAUGUAAAUGAAAUCUGUAGUGUAGUUAUAAAAAUGCUGAACGUGACGGAGGGCCCGGUGGCGGAGCGCUGGAACUCCACGCUGCUGGAGGACGUGAAGAUCGACAGCGACUUCGCGCUGCUGGUGGUGUCGCUCAUGUCGGCGGUGCUGUGGAUCGUGUACAUCACCUACUACAACAGCCGCGUGCUCGGCUACAUCCUCACCCGCCUCAUCAACAGAUUCUAUUUCCAAGAUGAAAACUUCAAAAUUGGAUCCUUCACCCUCAACGCGCUCUCCGGCAAGAUCAUGUUCCGCGACAUCGUGUACGUGACCUACGACUACACGCUGCGCGUCCAGGACGGAUACCUCAUCUUCCGCUGGUGGCGCAGCUAUGUGCCCAAGGAUGUCAGCGAAGACUUGUCCCACUCGGACACGCGCCUCUCCAUAAUGCUGAACGGGUUCGAGCUGCACGUGUACAACCGCUGCGAGCUGUACAGCGAGCUGGAGAAGACGUUCGGGCUGGAGCCGCUCGUGAAGCUGCAGCAGGACGAGGCGGGCCGCGAGCGCGCCAUGAACCACGCCAACGAGAAGAGGAGGCGCGCGCAGGACACGGUGCGCUCCGAGGCCGCCAUGGCGCGCACCUGGCGGGACCUCAUCCCCGUCAUUAAAGUAGACAUCACCACCUCCCGCAUCGUCUUCGGCAACCGUUUAGUGCCAACGACACUUUCUAUCAGCGUCGAGGAAUCACACCUAGUAUACAGCACCAAACCGCCUGCGUCCAGCCUCGACCACCUCAUGCAUUUUGUGAAGGCAAAGGCGGAGAACUGCAAAGUUAUGUUAGCCCCUAGUCCGAACUACACUGCCAUGGUAGACGAACCGCCGAGAUAUAUGGGAGAGGGUUUUGUCGUGAUGAGUUCUAAUUAUAUAGAGGUGUAUUUUUAUAUGGACGAGCCGGGUUUAGUGCCGGAACAGCCCGUGCUGCUGCGGCUAGCCAACGGAGACGUUGUGGAAUCGGCGCCACCGAUUUGGGGAGUUGAUAUAAAAUGUGGGAAAGGGACAGAUUUCAGCUACGGGCCGUGGGCGGACAGGCAGAGGGAUCACCUGUUCAAAUUCUUCUUUCCACCCAAUUAUAAGAGUUUGGAAGUGACGCCGCAGCCGAAACCGGGAGAUCUAAGACAAAUGCAGUCCUUCGACAUUAGGCUGUCGACGCUAAACGAGGCUACCAUCGACAUACUGUUCACAAAGAAUAAAGAAACGAACGCCGUUCAUAUAAACAUCGGCGCCGGCUCCUACCUGGAGGUGACCCUGCCUUGGAUCGUGCUGCAAGACGGAUACACGACGAAGAUAACCGGCCAGUUGCUGCAUCUCGAGGCCACCACCAGUCUGCAGUACAGAAGCUUGGCGGAAAGCGAAACGCUGGAGUAUACGGUGAAGUGCCACUACCCUCUAGUGUGGAACCACCACCAGUGCUGGCAGCUCGGCCUCACCGGCUGCAAGGCCACCGCCCACCUCGUCUACACGCACAUCGACUUCAUCCAGGACCUCAUCAACGACUGGUCCAACAAGUCCCGACCAGAUAUACUCCAUUUCGUUCCUUACACGUGGAAGAUCUCCCUACUGCUCAAGGAAUGCGAGGUGGUUACCGUCAGCAAUCAGUACAACUGGAUAGACUGCAGCUCCACCAACCAGGAGAACAACCACGUGGCCUUCUGCGGCGACCUGCUGGACGUGUCGUUUGACCUGCCCUUCGUCGACUUCUUGCCCGAUGUCAUCCCACUGAAGAUCUGGAUCCAGGGCGAGGCUGUCGACAUGAGCCUGUACCUGCCCGAGGUCAACACGUCCCGACCGCUGCUUCUGUCGCUGGACAAGAACAUGAAGCUGGUCCCGUGCCGGCUAAAAGCGUCCAAAUGGAGGAGAAAGUGCGUGAAAUCCCAGGGCUGGGUGGAGUGCUGGUCGGUGCCGAUCGUGGCGCUGAGCGUGCGCUACCACUACCACCCCGUGGCGCCGCUGGGCCCCGAGCCCCAGGCCGACAUCACCACGCCGGAGAAGGAGGAGAUCCUGCUGUCCCCCAUGCGGAUACCUCGCCUGAGGAAGCAGCCGCCCAUCAACUGGCCCGUGGACGGCAACGCCUUCGACCGCUCCUCUCUGCCGCCCGACAAGGUCAGCGUCGAGCUCGAAGUGGGGCCAUCUAUCUUACUCGCAUAUGGAACUAUUAUUACAAGCUUCAUGAACUUGCUGGAGAACAUCUUCGGCGAGGACCAGACUUUCACUGACAUGCAGAAGACGCCCAACUUGGAGACGUUUUUCUGGUCCAGCGAGAACACACCCAAGCCGGAUCGGAAUAGCUUCAACCAGCACGGAGACAUAUCCUUAGAUAAUACUAGUGAUUCCAGUAAAGACGCCUUCGAUCCGCGGCGGUAUCGACCUUUGGAUGUGACGGUUUCGAUAAUAAUCCACGACAUCCAGGCCCAUUUAGUAAAGAAUUGCAGCGAAAAUGAACCUCCCUGCCCGGUUAUACUGAUUGAGAGGUUCGGCUUCGAAAUGGACAAGAGCUUCAAGGAAACUAAGAUGCAACUCCUUCUGAGCCCCUCAAUCUUAGUCUCGGCGAAUAACCUGUCGCGAACCAACCCAAACAACUCGGGAGCUUUAUACCAGGGUCAUCUGAUGCUCUCGUCUUUCCAGUUACGGGGACAUGGUUUCUUCAGUGACACGAAUCGAUCCGUCGAAGAAGACACCAUAGAGUACGCGUGGAUGAUGGAACUCCAGCUCGGCCAGCUGACCGGUCGCUUGACGCUUCCGCAGCUCUACCAGAUCGUGUCAUCGCUCGAGACCUUUUUACUCCUCAUCUGUGACAGUGAAAAUGAACUAAUUCCGCCUAACUCAACAAAACAGUGCCACCACAUGAAUAGCAACAUUUGCCCGGAAACGGAUGUGGCGCUGAAAUACCGAUGUCCGACCACUAACGAAAUCAAAUACAAAAUGAUCCGAGUCGCGAUAGACUUGAUAGACAUUUACAUCGCGGACACAAACACGACGCUUCAAACCUGGAUUUCUCCAGUAAGACUAAGUUUGUGCAACUUGCACGGGGCUGGUUUCGGGAACGGGCUCACGGGUCUCUUGCCGAACAUAAAGCUGGCCUUGUUCACGCAGACCAACAUGCAGAGCAACUCGCACCACGCCUCCAACGGCAGCAGCAGCAGCCAGAACAAACUGCCUGAAAGCGAGAAUUGGGUCGGCGUUGGGUCUGUAUCUCUAGGACCAGUUUUACUUGAAGCUGCUUCAUCGUUACCGCAAAGCCCAAGGAAUCUGCAUUUGGUGCAGCAGAAAUUCUUGAAGCUUCACGACGAGAAAACUAAACGGCUCUGGUUCAUAUGGCCUAAUGAAGGCAAAACCGCUCUGUGUGGCUGUAUAGGUGGUUGUGCGUUCUUCGGUUCCAAUAGGAACGGGGCGAACUUCUUAAAACCGAAUCCUUCAGAUCUUCAGGACGGCAUCAACGUAGCGAUGUUUAAUAUUAUAGAAACGACGCCCGGCGAGUACGGCUACGGACAGAGCUUGCUGCACCCCGGCCAGCUCGUGUUCCACACGCCGCCCUACGACAGCCUCAACGUGUGCCUGCAGCCCUCCAACACCUCGACUCUCAUCCCGUCGCCGCUGCCACAGAACCUUAACAAAUCCCCACAGAGUACGGAACGCAGAAGUUUGACUCGACGGUUCUCAUACACCAGUAUGGGCAAAGGCAGCAGCAAUGUACUAGUUUCGAGCACCAAAAGUGAUGUGCCCUACGCCCGCCUGGUCGACUCCACAGUGCCCCUAGGCAGCACAAAGAUCGACAGCGAUUCCAAACUCCACAAGAGCAUACUGAGUGUUCCUCAGAUGGAAAGCAGCGUCUCAGAUUCAAAGUUAGCUCUAAGCUGCACAGUGAAAGACGGUACCAACCUGAACAAGAAAGUGGCCGCGCAUACGGACGUCGAAUCGUUUGUGGUCCCAAAAGUGCCAUCGCGAAGCGUCGCCGUGUCCGAGUCUCAUUACUCCUUGAACUCACAACCGGCGCCGCACGAGGAUGCUAUUCCCCUGGAAGUGCAGAGAACCAUGUCGAUCACGAGUGAGAACCAUUCGGAAGCCUUCUUCUCCGCGGACGAGGACAUGUUCCCGAGCCGAUCCUCGAGUCUCAAGCAUUCCUUCGGCAGCCGACACAGCAACCCUAAAGACAAGAGCUCCUUUGGCAUCAACGACAUCACAAACGAAAAGUGGACGAACUCCAUGCCGAGGUCGGAAGCCGUGGACGGUCCGGACACGAUGAGUAACUUGAGCACGGGCGCUCAACCGGACUCCGAAAGUGGUUCCGUAUCGUCCACCUCUUUCAUCUCCGCCAUUUCGUCGCAGGAAGACAUGACGCUGGUGAACCUGCACAUGCAGACCAACAAGCCCAUCGUGGACUCUCCGCUCCUGAUGGCCAGUUACAUGCAAAACCUUCCACAGUACAAAUGCUCGAACUGGGGCACUUGCUCCCUCCCGAGCGGAACCGAUGUCUUCACAUUACCUUUGUUCAAACGUGCGGACGAUGGCUCAUUGAUAUACGUGGGCCAGAAAUAUUUGCCCAAGUUCGAGCCGUUUGGGAAGAAUCAUAUUAUGAAGCUAGUCUCCAAGAAAGAGGGUCACACGAGCCAAACUCAGCACGGACCUUUUUCAAACUUAACUCCACACUUUAAUAACCAAAUCAAGGCUCAUCCAUACCCUCAAGGUUGGUGGGACUUGCAGCAAAACAUGGACAACCAAGAGAACAAGGAGCAGAGUACUUCUUUAACGGCGACCACUACCAGUGAUAGUAAAAGUGGUCUAUCCGUUAAACUGCGAGGAGAGAUCGACAUCAUGCUCACUCCUCUAGUCCUCGAGAGCACUCAGAGAUUCGUCGAAUCCCUCACUCCGGUUCUGGCGAACAUACAUCCUAUAACCGUUAUAAACCAUCUUCGGUUACUUUGCAUCUCAUCAGUGCAGAGUGCAAACAUCUUGAAACAGAAGCAGUACGCCUCUAACUGGCUUCCAUACAUGCAAUCUCGAAACCAGUCUAACAUAGCCAUGGACAAGGACGACAAAUGUAAAUUGGCAACUAUACCGCACUCAAACGUCUACGAAGAGACAAUUUGUGACCAACUUCAAGCCACAGUCACGGUCCCGAAAGUUAACGUAAUCUUUAUUCAGUCUUCAGUGGUCGAAGACAUGAUUUCAUUCUCAGCCUUAGAUAACAUCCAGGACUUGACGUGCGUGUCUCUCUUCGGCGUGUCCGUAGAAAACAUCACAGCUAAAUACGUCAGCUCGAAGAAGACGUUAGAAUCUGUGCAGUUGUACUAUAGACCAACUUUAAGGGCAUUGGGAAGUAAGAAGAGUUUUGGAAUAAUGAAGGGUCUGGGUGGAAGGGCGUUGAUUUCCGCGCAGGGCAGCGGCAGGAAGAGGGGUCCGGAGAGAGGAGACCCCGUGUACAUCGAGACUUCGCAGCAACAGUGCGAAGACACUACCAUCACGCUCAAUGUUGGCAAAGUGCACGGACAACUGAGACGCCUCCGCAACGACCCGUCCCAGCUGAAGGACGCGACCGUCACCGGCAUCCCGUGCCAGCACUCCAAGGUCGCCUUCCGGUUCGUCAAGCCGGACUGCGGCGCCCCGGCGUGCGAGGCCGCUUGUUGCCAGAACGGUGGAACAGACGCGCAGAAGGAAAAUACCAUCGGCUACAUCAUGUUCGAGUGCGGCCUCGAGGGCAUCACCAUCAAGGUAUCCCAACACGCCCAAACCCACAAACCAGAUGAGAAACCUAAACCCGAACCAGAGAGUUGCCGGGAAUCCGUCAAAUCCGCAGAGGAACUCAAGCCAGACAAAGAGAAGACUAAACCUAGGUCGUCCGGCAUCGAGGACCUGUUCAGGAAGCGGGAGUCGAGCUCCAAGCCCAGCACUCCCAACUUGAGCAGCUCGCAGCCCGCGCCCCCGCCGCUGCCAGAACCGUCCACACCCGGCCCGGAGGAGCCCUCCACCGACAGCCAGACCGCAGUGGUGCCGCUGAAGGACAACGGCAACUCCUCGUCCUGCGCCGUCGACCUCAAGCUGGUGUGGUUCAACUUCGCCGCGCCUCCGAGAACACCCAUCACCAAGAAGAUCGACUACACCAGACUAGACUGGAACCUCCUAAGCACGGCAUCGCCGGCCAUCAACGCGUGGAUGAACCCGUGCAACCGGCUCGGCAUCCGCGUCGUGGCGCUGUACCGGGCGCACGCGCGGCGCCUCACCGCCACCGCCGCCAGCCUCAUGGCCGCGGCCCUGGACCUGGCGCCGCACCACACCCUGCCCAAGAGUCGCUACGGGCGCCACACGCCCAUGGCCAAGCAGCUGCGCGAGGAGCCGUCGCUGCAGCUGUGCUGCGUGCUGCUGCGGUACGCGCUGCAGGCCGACGCGGCCGCCGUGCAGGCCGACCUGGCCGAGAGGCAUCUGCCCAAGCUUUCCACGUUACGACAGGGCGUGAUAGUCCUCAGCCGCCAGUGGAAGAACAUUCUGUACACGCCGUUGCUUCUUGAACACAACUACAAGAGCAAGGUCAUGAAGCCGCUCAACGUCACCUUCGCUCUGCCGGAGCUCAUCGAGGACUCGGUAGAGGGCUGGCACGAGUACCAGGUGGACAACGAGGUCCUGGACGAGAACUGUCUGCUGCUGAACCUCGACACCGACAAGAUUGAGCUGCCCGCGGCGGCGGGCGGCGGCGGCGGCGGCGGCGGCGGCGCGAGCCCGCGCCCGCACUCCUUCCCCUCGUCCACGCCGCCCUCCGUGUACGGCUCAGAUUACGGCACGCUGAAGGAAGACUUCCCGGCGGUGGGCUCCAACCCCUCGCUGUACUCGCCGCACGGCUCCGACGACAACCUCAAGACCGACCGCGCCAGGGAGGACCUCUACCAGUGGAUGGCCAAGCAGGAACCCAUCAAAGUUGAGUCCAAGACGAAGAAGCCCAUAAUCCCGGCCUCAAAGAUGAACCCCCGCGCCGUGGCGGCCUCCCUACCGGCCUGCAGCCUCUACCCCCUGCAGGGCUCCCUGAUGCUGCUGGACGCGCACCUGGUGUUCCAGCCGCUGCUGGGCGCGCUGGGCGUGUGUCCGCAGCAGGUGGCACAAGGCGAAUCAAAGAACAAGUCCGGCGCAGAAGGCUCAAGUGCCUCCCCAGCGCUGGAAUCCCUUGGCUCCAAGCUGUCCCUGGGCGGCAUCAUCGACGUGUUCCGCAUCGACAUCGUGGUCAGCGAGCUGAAGCCGCGCCGGCACCCGCCCAAGGGGAAAGGUCAGCCUUCGCACAUCGACAUACCCUCUGAAACACCGGCCUUCCUCUGCGAAAAAGUUUCCAUCGACGUGGAUCUCAAGAAAGUGGCCGACAUGGCGGUGGAUGACCUCAUACAACGUCAAAACGUCCUCUACAUUUCAAGGGGGCAGCUCAAGAAACAUAUCAGCACUAUGCUGAACUUCAACAUCAGCGUUCGGUUUAUAUCACAGCAGGUGAACAUGCCGCUGUUACGUUUGCUGCAUCAAAUCAGCAACAUGUAUCAGAACGUGAAGGACACGCAGACCGAGCUGCGCACGCAGACCAAGAUCUCACACCGGCAGAGCAAACAUGCUGCUGACUCUGACACAUCAGUCUCAGACUUCCGCGAGAACCUGGUGAGCGUGUCCUCGCUGGACAAGGAGAGCCAGUGCGGCGCGCUCGACCCGCGGUGGGAGCCCCGCGCCGCGCCCGCGCCGCCGGCGCUCAGCCCGCAGAAGCUCGCCGGAGCCAAGACCAGGCCGCAGAGCUUCGCGCAGAAGCUGAGGUCCACGGGGAAGAGCGUUAAGGGGAAAUUGGGCUAUAGCUCCCUGAACGAGGGCGCGCACACUCCGUACUCGGCGCGCGAGCUGGACACCGAGGCGCGGCCGCGGCGACCGCCCCCCCUCCCCCACCCCUCGCCCCUCCCCGCGCUGCCCCCCCUGCCGCCGCUCCCCGACGACAGCUCGCUGGCGCCGCGCUGCUGGCGCACCGUGUACUCGCUGCUCAGUCUGUACGCGGACAUGCCGGACGCGCACACGAUUACACACAGGUUUUCUGUGACCACGGAAUUACCAGAACAGUACCGAACGAGCCGUCCCGCUCGACCGAGCUCCCGCGAACAGAACACCAGCAACUCGUCCUCCAGCGGCAUGGGGAUGGGCAUCGUCGUUAUGGGAGUGGCUAGAAUCCAUCGAACCCGACUCCUAGCCUCUCUGUCCGGCUUGAAGCUGGAGGCGGAGAUCACGUCGCUGCACGCGUCCCUGCAAGCGUCCCGCGCGCGGCAGUGGUCGCUGACGGGCGUGGUGGGGCGCAGCAUGAUCGUGCUGCUGGAGGGCGGCGCCCCCAACCACCAGACGGUGGUGCGCGUGUCAGUGGGCAAGUCGCAGGCGCUGUACUCGUGGGAGGCGGGGCGGGGCGGCGAGGGCGCGGCCGCGCUGGUGACGGUGGGCGGCGUGCGCGUGGACCUGCCGCAGCACCCCGUGGCGCUGCACGGCGUCAUGACGCGCUCCAGCCGGCAGCUGUCCUCCACUCUACAAGAGCUGGGCGUGACGCGCACGGCGUCGCGCAUGUCGCGCGGGCCGGAGGCGGAGGAGGAGGCGGCGGGGGCGGGGCCGGGGCCGGGGGCGGGGCCGGGCGCGGGGGGGGGGGGGGGGGGGGGGCCCGGCAGCCCGGGGCCCGCGCCCGCGCCCGCGCCGAGGCCCAAAGUCGCGCCGCUGCUGCCCGCGCCGCAAGUGCAGUUCAAAGUCGGCCUGCAGAGUCUCAGCAUCACGGCGGCUCUGCUGCCGUCGCUCCAGGCGCAGUACAAGAUGGAGCACGUGCAGAGCUCGGGCGUGAGCGGACGGAAGGCGCACUUCACGGUGGACCUGCCGCAGCACUCCUUAAGCUUCGUCACCAAGCUGCAGGUGUCGGAGGCCAACAUCCCGUCGUCGGCCAUGGUGGCGCUCCCCGCCGCGCACGUGGCUGCCCGCGUUUUAGAAGAUGCACCUAAUGGACAGGAGGCGGCCGCGGCGCCGGCGGGCGGCGUGGUGCUGCGCGCCGGCCGCUACCUGUACGCCACCGCCGACAUCGGCCUCUUCGAGCACACGCUGUCCACCGACCUGCUCAACCACCUGGUCUUCGUGCAGAAGGUGUUCAUGAAGGAAGUGAACGAAGUGGUGCAGAAAGUGUACGGCGGAGAGAAGCCCGUGCCGCUGUGGAACGAGGAGGAGGCUUCCACUUCAGCUCUCAACAGGAUACUCUUCUCCUUGCUUAUUAGGAUCAAGCGCAUCCAGCUGACGGCCACGACCCCGAGCAACUCGGCCGUGCGCCUGGAGACGGGCGCCGUGGAGUUCGAGCUGUCCAACCGCGUGCAGAACGUGCGCCCCGCCGAGCCGCACGCGCUCAGGCUGUUCGCCCGCGCUCAGGUGGAUCUAAACUUGAGCUUGGGGCAGCUGAUCCGCAACGCUAUGUUUGAGGAGGCCGAGCCGGAGUUCCAGCAAUAUGCCUUCUUCAACACCAGGAUAGCCAUGCGCAACGCAUUCCAAGACGAGAUGGUGAGCGGCGAGGACAAGGAGGUGGUCCUCAUCACGCUGAAGCGGCCGCUCAUAUACAUACAGCCUGUGGCCGUGGACAGAGCGAUCCUCGUGUGGCUCAACUACAAGAAUGCUUAUGAAUAUUGGAACGAGAAGAGACUCAACCUCAACAAGGAGGUGCUUACUGCGACUCAACAGGUCUUCGAGAAGGUCCAACUGACAUCCCAAAUAACGGCACCGCACGUCAGCACCCUGUUCCUGCAGCUCAACGUUGACGACAUCGGGAUAUGCAUACCUCUCAACCAACCCCCUGUGGCCACGUGGGGCCGCAGCGUGUACGAGUGCGAGUCGCGCGGCGCGGUGGUGGUGACGCUGGAGAGCACCAGCAUCUCCGCCUGCUCGUCCGGCUCCCUCGUCAGCAAGGGUCGUUUCGUAGGCCUCUGCUUGCGUUUCGCGGACGACUUCGAGACGUCCCUCGACGACUGGAAGCCGGACCCCGACCAGAGCGCCAUCAACGUGUGCUGCGUCUCGGAGGGCACGUACGAGGUGUGCAGCCGCACCACCGCCUCCAAACACAACGAAAACGCGAAGUGGUUUCUGAACGUAUCCUGGCAGAUGGAGGGCGUGGACAUCCACCUCGACGUGAACGUCGGCAAGCAGCUCUCCGCUCUGGGCCACACGCUGACCAUGCUUACAGGUUUCGAAGAAGAAGAUCCUCUCAAAAUGGACUAUGAAAGCGAUUUGGACGACGAGGCAGACAAUAGCAAAGAUUCACAGGAGAGCAUAAUCCUCCGGCGGAAAUACACCGACCACCUCCCGGCCUUCGUGUUCGACAACACCAUCGACGCCAAGAAGCGCUCCAAGCUCAUCGAGAAGGAGAUGAACGAGCAGGCCAAGAUCAUCAACGAUCUGAGGACGCUGGGGGCCAGCCACAGCACCAUCGAGUACGAGAUGAAGAGGCUGCACGACCUCGAGGCGCUGGUCUUCAAGGACUUCAGGCGAGACAUGAUCCAGAAGCUGCGCCGCCAGAGCGUGCGCGCCAGCACCAUCACCAAGGGCAAGCUGGGGCUCGGCUCCAACCGCUCGCGCUCCUUCGUGGCGCCCGAGCCGCCCGUGGACUUCCUGGAGAUGGAUGAGCCGAAUCUGAUGACGGGCAACGUCGGCGACUCCGGGGAGACUCUCCUCCUUGGCGACGAGGACAACCGGCUGGCUGACAUCAUUGAGGGAGGCAGCUGGAGCUCCAUGGAGAGCGAACCACUCACGGGUCCAUCGCGCUCAGCCUCGCUCCGAGGCCACACGAGCAGCGGAGCGCGCUCCGUGACGUUCCAACCUCCGCCCGUGCAGCGGCAGAGCUCGCUGCCCGCGCAGCCCGACCACUGGCCGGAGCACAGAGAUCCUGUACAGCUGCGCCGCAGGGACGGCGGCAGAGCUCGCUGCCCGCGCAGCCCGACCACUGGCCGGAGCACAGAGAUCCUGUACAGCUGCGCCGCAGGGACGGGUGAGUGUGACACGAGGGUCCGUGACGUUCCAACCUCCGCCCGUGCAGCGGCAGAGCUCGCUGCCCGCGCAGCCCGACCACUGGCCGGAGCACAGAGAUCCUGUACAGCUGCGCCGCAGGGACGGGUGAGUGUGACACGAGGGUCCGUGACGUUCCAACCUCCGCCCGUGCAGCGGCAGAGCUCGCUGCCCGCGCAGCCCGACCACUGGCCGGAGCACAGAGAUCCUGUACAGCUGCGCCGCAGGGACGGCGGCAGAGCUCGCUGCCCGCGCAGCCCGACCACUGGCCGGAGCACAGAGAUCCUGUACAGCUGCGCCGCAGGGACGGGUGAGUGUGACACGAGGGUCCGUGACGUUCCAACCUCCGCCCGUGCAGCGGCAGAGCUCGCUGCCCGCGCAGCCCGACCACUGGCCGGAGCACAGAGAUCCUGUACAGCUGCGCCGCAGGGACGGGUGAGUGUGACACGAGGGUCCGUGACGUUCCAACCUCCGCCCGUGCAGCGGCAGAGCUCGCUGCCCGCGCAGCCCGACCACUGGCCGGAGCACAGAGAUCCUGUACAGCUGCGCCGCAGGGACGGCGGCAGAGCUCGCUGCCCGCGCAGCCCGACCACUGGCCGGAGCACAGAGAUCCUGUACAGCUGCGCCGCAGGGACGGGUGAGUGUGACACGAGGGUCCGUGACGUUCCAACCUCCGCCCGUGCAGCGGCAGAGCUCGCUGCCCGCGCAGCCCGACCACUGGCCGGAGCACAGAGAUCCUGUACAGCUGCGCCGCAGGGACGGGUGAGUGUGACACGAGGGUCCGUGACGUUCCAACCUCCGCCCGUGCAGCGGCAGAGCUCGCUGCCCGCGCAGCCCGACCACUGGCCGGAGCACAGAGAUCCUCGUUCCAACCUCCGCCCGUGCAGCGGCAGAGCUCGCUGCCCGCGCAGCCCGACCACUGGCCGGAGCACAGAGAUCCUGUACAGCUGCGCCGCAGGGACGGGUGAGUGUGACACGAGGGUCCGUGACGUUCCAACCUCCGCCCGUGCAGCGGCAGAGCUCGCUGCCCGCGCAGCCCGACCACUGGCCGGAGCACAGAGAUCCUGUACAGCUGCGCCGCAGGGACGGGUGAGUGUGACACGAGGGUCCGUGACGUUCCAACCUCCGCCCGUGCAGCGGCAGAGCUCGCUGCCCGCGCAGCCCGACCACUGGCCGGAGCACAGAGAUCCUGUACAGCUGCGCCGCAGGGACGGGGCGCCGAUGUCAGACGCUCCAGGCUCCGAAUGCAAGAGUAGCAAGGCGAAGACGGCGGAGCCCAACAUCGACUUCGAGCUGGACGUGAAGGUGCACAUCAACAGCGGGAAGUGCGUGUUGCACACCAAGGAACCCUCCAAAGAUGAUGAUCUCAAGAUUAGCGGGUCCCGCAUGCGAGUGGGGCGCUCGGCGUCGGGCGGGCUCGGCGAGGCGCCCGGCUCGCCCGGCGCGGCGCGGCGCGGCAAGCCGCCGCGGCACCCGCCCGCGCCGGACCUCACCGUGUUCCGCGUGCCGGGCUUGGAUCUGAAGGUACCCGUGCUGUACAGCUGCCCCCACAGUGUCGCCUCGGCGAGGCGCCCGGCUCGCCCGGCGCGGCGCGGCGCGGCAAGCCGCCGCGGCACCCGCCCGCGCCGGACCUCACCGUGUUCCGCGUGCCGGGCUUGGAUCUGUCGCCUCGGCGAGGCGCCCGGCUCGCCCGGCGCGGCGCGGCGCGGCAAGCCGCCGCGGCACCCGCCCGCGCCGGACCUCACCGUGUUCCGCGUGCCGGGCUUGGAUCUGAAGGCGCCCGGCUCGCCCGGCGCGGCGCGGCGCGGCAAGCCGCCGCGGCACCCGCCCGCGCCGGACCUCACCGUGUUCCGCGUGCCGGGCUUGGAUCUGAAGGUACCCGUGCUGUACAGCUGCCCCCACAGUGUCGCCUCGGCGAGGCGCCCGGCUCGCCCGGCGCGGCGCGGCGCGCUGCCCCCACAGUGUCGCCUCGGCGAGGCGCCCGGCUCGCCCGGCGCGGCGCGGCGCGGCAAGCCGCCGCGGCACCCGCCCGCGCCGGACCUCACCGUGUUCCGCGUGCCGGGCUUGGAUCUGAAGGUACCCGUGCUGUACCCGUGCUGUACAGCUGCCCCCACAGUGUCGCCUCGGCGAGGCGCCCGGCUCGCCCGGCGCGGCGCGGCGCGGCAAGCCGCCGCGGCACCCGCCCGCGCCGGACCUCACCGUGUUCCGCGUGCCGGGCUUGGAUCUGAAGGUACCCGUGCUGUACAGCUGCCCCCACAGUGUCGCCUCGGCGAGGCGCCCGGCUCGCCCGGCGCGGCGCGGCGCGGCAAGCCGCCGCGGCACCCGCCCGCGCCGGACCUCACCGUGUUCCGCGUGCCGGGCUUGGAUCUGAAGGUUCACUACGAGUCCAAGACCAUCCACGAGGACUCGGCGUCCCCCCUGGCCCCUCCCGGGCCGCCGCCCGCGGAAGCCCCGCCCGCCCCGCCCGCCCCGCCCGCCCCGCCCGCCCCGGCGGCACCGCCCGCACCGUCCGCACUCCGCAAGGGCAUCAAGAAGGCAGCGCUGUUCGCGUGGAUCACAGUGCAGAGCAUCCCGGAGGAGACCGUCAUCAGCCCGCAUAUCCUGGAGUUCUUGGAGCAGACGCUGGAGCCUAUACCGACGAAGGCGUCCUUCACUGCGCCGACUCCAGAAACGGAGACGGGUGACCGCUCGCAGUCAGCAGAGGGCGCAUCAUACGGACAAUACGUAUACGCGUCCUUCCCCGUCGACGUGAUCGUGCAGUUCCACAUGCAGCCCUCCACCUUCCGCUUCUCCUGUCUCCCGGCCUCCAGGGUCGAGUGCCUGCUGCAGCUGCCCUCGCUGAGGAUCGUGUUCAGCUCCAAGCGUGCCCUGGAUGAGGUCGGUUUACCAGCAGUAGCGAUGGGAGGCCUCAGCGUAACGGGCUGCCUGGCCGACUUCUCCGUCUACAUCUUCCACCCCUACGGCGGCAAGAAGUCUAGCCUGAAGGAGCCUCAGUGGUCUCCCCUCUCUGACACUGAGAGAAAGGAUUCCUUGAGCAUCAACGUGGAGUUUGUUAAGUUCCAUCUGUCGAGGUCUAGGAAGUUGGACUUCCAGACGGAACAGGAUCAGUCCAAGGCCACUGUGAGGUUUUCAACUAUCGUGGACGUAGGCUCCGCGUGGUUUAAGUACGAUAUGCGUCGGCUCGGGGAGAUCCUCGCCUUCCCCAAGGCGUGGUACAGGCGGACCAUAGUGCGCAGGAUGUUCCUGGGGGACUUCAACGUGGAGGCCAGGCCUGCCAGCAACAACGUGCCGAUAUCCCCUGUUCUGCCACAAAGAGAGAAGAAGACUUUAGACAUACAGAAGCCCAAAGAUACUAGCACGACGACGGCGGGCAAUGCCGCGUGGGAGACGCUAGUGCUGUUCGCGGUCAACUUCAACAAACUCAACGUACAUAUGAACAUGGGCAAUGUCAUGGGGAAUGUCAGCUGGCAGAGCCGCGACUUCAACUGCACGGGGCGGCUCAGCAUCGGCAGCACCGGCCACCGCAACAUGCUGGUGGGCGUGGCUUUGGCCGGCUCCUCCCUGGACGCGCGCGGCGGCAUCGUGGGCGGCGCCAUCUCGCUGGCCGACAUACACACAUACGUGCACAUAGAAGAGGAGCCCGGCUGCAACCCCGGCCACACGUGCGGGGUGCGCCUGGCCGCGCUGGAGCUGCGGCUCGAAUACAUGGGCACGUCCGUGCUGCUGGCGCGCGUGUCGGCGCUGCAGUGCCAGCUGCGCGACGAGUCUGUGGCGCAGCAAGCAGCCGCCGCGCCACGCGCCGCACACGCACAGGUACCGCCGGCGAUCAUCCUGACACACGGCACGCUCUCGUGGAAACAGCUACAGCUCCUAAUGAGCCGCAGCACCACCCCCGACCUGCUGAAGAUGCAGUAUAAACUCGAGGAGUUCUUCACGCAGCAGUUCAACUCCUCAAGGCGUGUGCUGUCCGCACUACAUCCGUAUCCAUCCAGGAGACAACAGUCCGCGGCGCCCGGUGCGACCCCCGGUGUCCCGGCAGCGGACAAGCCUGCCGACGGACAAGCGCCCCCCGAGCUGCGCCACCACCGGCACUGGCAGGAGGUGCUGCGCGCCGCCGCCGGCAUGCGGCCCCAGCUGCCUACCGACGGCACGGUCCUCGGCGGCACGAUGGAACUGCAUGGCGCCAACAUCUCGCUGGCGUGCUUCCACGGCAACAGUUUCAAGGCCAAGUCCUGGGCGCUCUUUAGUCUCAAGGACCCAUGCAUCAGUUUCGCCACCGAAGCUCAGCAGAUCCCCAACGACGACGGUGCCGUGGAGGUGCACGUGACGCAGUCGCUGACGGCGGCGCUGGGCGGCGGCGCGGCGGGCGCGCGGCCGGCCGUGGGCUCGGUGUGCCGCGUGACGCGCGCGCUGCUGUUCCCGCCGCAGUUCAAGACUCUACGCGAGUGGUUCACCUACGCCUUCGCCAGCAGCGAGAUCGACGCCAUCGAACUGUUCCCCUCGCUGGAGCUCGCGCGGGAGCGAGAGGCGGGCGCGGGCAACACCAACAGCGCGGAGCGGGAGCGGGAGCGGAAAGCCGCCGCGCCCGCCCAGCACCAGCGCGAGGUCAUCUUCGCGCUGCCCGCGCUGCAGCUGCACCUCCGCACCAAGCACCGCCAGAGCCCCGCGCCGCCCACCGAGCAGGACGAGAAACCAGUGGUGGAAUGCAGUUUCAUCACGGAGUUCGAGGACCACAUCUUUGUGUCAGUGGACGCUGAGGCGUUCCUGUUUCUACAUGAUCUCAUAUCUUCUUAUAUCAAGGAGAAGGACCGCGUCAUGCCGGGCACCGGCACGCGCGCGGCGUGGGGCGAGGUGGCCGGGCCGCGCGCGCCCGCGCAGGACUACCGCGACUACCACUGCCUCACCUGGCACCUCGAGCCCACCGUCAGACUCUUAUCGUGGGGCGGCAAGUCCAUCGAGCCGUACGGCGUGGACUACAUCCUGCAGAAGCUCGGCUUCUCGCACGCGCGCACCACCAUCCCCAAGUGGCUGCAGCGCGGCGCGCUCGACCCGCUCGACAAGCUGCUGGCGCUCGCGCUGCUGCGGCUCGUCGCGCUGCUGCCGCACAAGCCGGCCCCGAGCUAGACUUGACUCGACC